AUGGCUAACGUUACUGCCAGACAGGUUUUAUGGUACAUUCCCAACCAAAUUGGUUUCACGCGUGUUUUUACCGCGAUACUGUCGUUUUUCUUGAUGCCAAACCAUCCAAUAUGGACAACUUGGAUAUAUGGAGUGUCUUGUCUGCUGGAUGCACUGGAUGGAACGAUGGCCCGGAAAUAUAAUCAAACCAGCAAUUUUGGGGCCGUUUUGGACAUGGUAACGGACCGGUCGACCACCAGUUCGCUGAUUUGCUAUCUGUGUGUCGCGUACCCUAAAUACGCCCCAAUAUUCCAACUCCUGGUUUCGCUAGACCUUUCCAGCCACUACAUGCACAUGUACGCGACGCUCACUUCCGGUGGUGCAUCUCAUAAGACUAUCGAGAAGGAACAGUGGCUUUUGCACCUGUACUACAGCCGUCGGUCUGCGCUGUUUACCAUCUGCGCCUUCAACGAGCUGUUCUACCUUGCAUUGUAUCUAUAUGCAUUCCCGCAGCUAUGGCACUUCAACUUGCCUCUCGUGGGGCAAACCCACGUUGCCGGCGUCAUCGCAGUGGUGUGUCUGCCAGGUUACUUGUUCAAGCAGUUGGCAAACAUUAUACAGAUGAAUCGUGCAGCCUUGCUCUUGGCUUCUAAGGACGCAGAAAACGCUAACGACAAGCGUAACUAA